AUGCCCGUGAAUGAGAUGAGGAGCGGGAAAAGCCAGGGGCAGCCGCGGGCAGUUUUUGAUGUUGGCCCGGAGCCCCUGUUUAUCCGCGCACACCCGGAUGGUCAGCAGCAUUAUGUAACCCAGAAGAUUCCGACCGCUGAACGUCAAGCUCCUUCCUCGACCCCCUCGUCCACCCCAUCCCCAAUCCCCUCCUACCCCCCCUUCUCCUUCAUCGUCUCACGUUUAAUCAUGCGGCCGCAACUUUUCCGUGCGGCCGCCCGGUCUCUCCGGGUGCCCAGGGCCCGUGCCUUCGCGACAACCGCCCCUCGCGCGGCCGAGGUGGAACUCACCAUUGAUGGCAAGAAGGUGUCGGUUGAAGCUGGCUCGGCUCUCAUCCAGGCAUGCGAGAAAGCUGGUGCAACAAUCCCCAGAUAUUGCUAUCACGAGAAAUUAUUGGUUGCCGGAAAUUGCCGUAUGUGUCUCGUCGAAGUUGAGCGUGCCCCCAAGCCCGUCGCGUCGUGCGCCUGGCCCGUUCAGCCAGGAAUGGUCGUGAAAACGAACUCGCCGCUCGUGCACAAGGCCCGGGAGGGUGUCAUGGAGUUUCUUCUCGCCAAUCAUCCGCUAGACUGUCCGGUUUGUGACCAGGGAGGUGAAUGCGACCUUCAGGACCAGUCGAUGCGUUAUGGAGCUGACCGUGGUCGGUUCCAUGAGGAGGGCGGUAAGCGAGCGGUAGAGGACAAGAACAUCGGUCCUCUAGUAAAGACCUCGAUGAACCGAUGCAUCCACUGCACUCGCUGUGUCCGUUUUAUGAAUGACGUCGCGGGUGCACCGGAGUUGGGAACCACUGGUCGUGGCAACGACAUGCAAAUCGGUACAUAUCUGGAGCGUAACCUUGACUCGGAAUUGUCGGGUAAUGUCAUCGAUCUUUGCCCUGUUGGUGCCUUGACCUCUAAGCCAUACGCCUUUCGAGCUCGCCCCUGGGAACUGAAGCACACCGAGUCCAUUGAUGUCCUCGACGCUCUCGGCUCCAACAUCCGCAUCGAUAGCCGUGGCAUGGAAGUCAUGCGCGUGGUUCCCAGACUGAACGAUGAUAUCAACGAGGAGUGGCUUAACGACAAGUCCCGAUUCGCCUGUGAUGGAUUGAAGACUCAGCGACUCACCACACCCCUGAUUCGUCGGGAGGGCAAGUUUGUUCCGGCAACCUGGGAGCAGGCUCUGAUGGAAAUCUCGUCGGCUCAAGAGAAGCUGCAGCUCCAGUCCAACGAGUUCAAGGCGAUUGCUGGUCACCUGGUAGAUACCGAAUCGCUAGUUGCUAUGAAGGACAUGGCCAACAAGCUAGGAUCCGAUAACCUUGCUCUUGACCAACCUGGCGGCAGUGCUCCUGUGGCUCACGGCGUUGAUGUUCGUUCCAACUAUCUGUUCAACUCGAAGAUCUACGGUAUCGAGGAGUCCGAUGCCGUUCUUCUUGUCGCCACCAACCCUCGCCAUGAAGCUGCGGUCCUAAACGCCCGAAUUCGUAAGCAGUACUUGCGCUCGGAUAUGGAAAUUGGUCUUGUCGGCGAAAACUUUGAGAGCACCUUUGACUAUGAGCAUUUGGGCGUGGACGUCAACUCCUUGAAGGCGGCUCUUUCAGGCGAGUUUGGUAAGAAGCUCGCUUCCGCCCAGCGGCCCAUGAUUGUGGUUGGCAGUGCGGCGGUCGAGCACCCUGACGCUAAGGCCAUCUUCGAGGUCGUGGGUAGUUUCGUUGAAAAGCAUGCCAAUAACUUCAACACCCCUGAAUGGCAAGGCUACAACGUCCUACAGCGUGCUGCUUCGCGGGCGGGUGCUUACGAAAUUGGCUUCACAACCCCAUCCCCAGAAGUUGCACAGACUACUCCCAAGAUGAUCUGGCUCUUGGGAGCCGAUGAGGUUGCGCAGAAUGAGAUCCCGAAGGAUGCAUUCGUUGUCUACCAAGGUCACCACGGUGACCGAGGUGCUCAACUCGCUGAUGUCGUCCUUCCUGGUGCCGCAUACACCGAGAAGUCUGCCACCUAUAUCAAUACCGAAGGACGUGUACAGAUUACCCGUGCGGCAACCUCACUCCCCGGUGCGGCUCGUGACGAUUGGAAGAUCAUCCGUGCUACUAGCGAGUUCCUCGGCGUCCCUCUCCCCUACGAUGAUAUCGAGGCUCUGCGCGAUCGCAUGGAAGAAAUCAGCCCCGUGAUGCGUCGCUAUGAUGUUGUUGAGCCCACAUCCGUCAGCGCCUUGAGCAAGGUGCAGCUGGCGGACCAGAACAAGGGUUCCUCGGCCACCGGAGCUCCUUUCAAGCGGGUCAUUGACGACUUUUUCUUUACUGAUUCUAUCUCCAGGAGCUCGCCCACCAUGGCUCGCUGCUCUGCUGCCAAGGCCACCGGUAACCCUGAGACUAACUUCAUGGCUGCUGGGGAGAUGUCUCCCCAGGCCCUGUAUGGUUAA